UUUUCGUAUUCCAGCUGAGCAGGUCGCGUUUGCUUUCAGACCGGCAAUUAAUAAUAAAGAAGAUUAAGAUGUCCAACAAGCCAGUUCUCUACUAUGCGCCACGCAGUCCACCAUGUCGUGCUGUAAUGCUGACAGCCGCUGCCCUAAGUGUUGACCUGGAUCUGCGCCUUGUCAAUGUUAAGGCUGGUGAGCAUAUGACGCCCGAGUUUCUAAAGCUGAAUCCGCAGCACACGAUUCCCGUGCUGGAUGAUAAUGGCACCAUUGUGACCGAUUCCCAUGUGAUCUGCAGUUAUCUGGCUGAUAAAUAUGCUGGAGAGAAUGAGUCUCUAUAUCCCAAAGAUCUGACACUGCGUCGUUUGGUGGAUGCGCGUCUCUUUUAUGAUUGCGGACAUCUGUUUCCACGCCUGCGUUUCAUUGUGGAGCCAAUCAUCUACUUUGGCGUCUCGGAGGUGCCCGAAGAUCGUGUCACCUACAUGCAGAAGGCCUAUGACGGCCUGGAACACUGUCUAGCCACAACACCAUACCUAGCUGGCUCGGAGCUGACCAUUGGGGAUCUGUGCAGUGUGACAACGGUCUCAACGGCGGCAGCUUUUGCACCCAUCGAUGCCGACAAAUACCCAAAGCUAACACAAUGGCUAGAACGUCUACAGGCAUUGCCCUACUAUAAGGAAGCCAAUCAGGAAGGCCUAGAGAUGCUGGUCAACUUGGUCAAGGGUCUGCUGGCCGAGCGUCAGCAACAGAACAAUUCCUAAAUGGUUGUCAAUUAGAGUGGGUCAACUUGUAUGGAUUAAAUAAGAUGCGCCAAGCGGAUAUCAAAAUCGUUAUCUACAAUAAUUUCUAAGAAGAAUUGUUCAAGAAACCAUGGGUCUAAAAUCAAUAGAGAAGGAUUUAUAUAGUACAUUCGUGUUAUUUAUAUGGGUACUUUUCUGUUAUUGGAACUUACCUUAAAAAGGAAAGAAAAAAAAGAGCCCGGUUUCUGAAAAAUGAAUAGAUAAGAAUUCGUUUAAUCGUACAAGCCGAAGGCAGUAAUAGCUUAUUAUUAAUGUAAUUAAAGAACGCAGCAGUUUUUGUAUAUUUUUGGAACAAACCAUAUUAAAUAAUACCUAAACUUCUGCUUAAAAAGUGAAAGCUCAAUAUUGAUUUUAGGCCCAUGGUUUCUUGAACAAUUCUUCUUAGAAAUUAUUGUAGAUUACGAUUUUGAUAACCGCUUUGUAGCGAAAAAAAUAUGUUGACCCACUCUAUUGUCCAUCAAUCAUGUUGCCUAUACAUACACGUAAUACGAGUACAAUAUAUUUUCUGUUCAAUUUCA